GCUUGUGGAAAAAACUGCAGCGGCUGUUAACUGGAGCCACGCAGAGAGAGGAGCUGAGUGCGAAAAAUCACUGGCUCUGGCAAGAGUUAAGACAUACACACUCGGAUUUUCGUUAUUCCUGCCGAGGACGACCUUGUCAAAACCGGGAUUUAUGGCCGCCAAGAAGUGGUAGCACCGACGGGGAGAUAUUCGGCGUCUAAAAGGCCGCACAGAGUUCAGCCAUUCAGCAUACCCCAAACCCACUUCAUGGGCUCGAGCGCUUGGACCCGGUGACUUAAUGGUGUCUCCUUUUGAACUGAACAGUGGGCGUGGGAUAGACUACUCCUGCCAUCAUCAUCAUCGUCCUGUGGGGUCCGUAAAACAAAGGGUGAAGCAGAGCCAGUGGUGAUGAAAAUUGGCUGUACCCCUAGGAUGCCCUGUGGCUUUGUCUGAAUCAGCAAGUUCUAGUGCUUUCAGACCUGUAAUACUCAAGACAACAGGGAGCCGCGCAGCCCGGCAGGUUCCAGAAGUAGGUUCCUCUGCCUCUCCAACUGAGACUCCAUGGCUGCCAGUGCUGCCGCCUGAUUCAUUGCACUAUUCAUGAGGGGGUCCUGAAGAAAAACAAGUGUGUUAACAAGUAUUCCGCAAGGUCCAGUAUCCCCCAUACUUCAGGCUUGAGUAGUGCUCAUCAUUGUUGUACUACCAUUAGCACCUGUAGCCAAUAGCUUCAUGGAGGGGUUUCCUGUCCACUGACCCAGCAAGCUGCCUUACUGGACCAGCAGCCAUGUCUGCCUGCAGUACCUUCACCGAGCACGUGUGGAAACCAGGCGAGUGCAAGAACUGCUUUAAACCUAAGAGUCUGCACUGUCUGGCUCAAAGUGCUGGAAGGAAGCCUCCUACUGAGCAGAGGCCUCCAACAACUCAGCAACAGAAUCCACCCGCUGCUGGGGCCAGAGCCAACCCUAACCUUACUAACAACUCUCAGAGAGCUGGCAGUGGGUCUGCCCGCUCAGGACACUUCCGUCCACCGGUGGCUAAGAAGCCAACCAUUGCUGUUAAGCCCACUAUGAUGCUGCCCUGCUCCUCUGCAGGACUGGAUUCAGAUGGCAACCUGCAACGACCACCAAAUGUAAUAGAACCUGGCAAGACAUCAGCCUUUACGGUCUGGAAUCGCAAUGGACUGAACCGUAAGAGGCCUGGUGGACCCAAUAACAACAACGAAGGAGAGGAUGGUAGUGAGGAGAUUGAGGGUUAUGGCCAACUUAGCCCAAGGACCCCUAGUGGAAAUAACAACAACAGUGGACUGGCAGAUGUCCUAAAGGAGAUUGCUGGGUUGGGCCCUGGCCUUAGCCCCACACCCCUCUCUGGUUCCAAGGACUUGUUUUGGGGACGAAUCAGUAGUUCAUACCGACGGUCCUUGGAAAGAGGCCUUCCAGCCUCAAGUUGUCUGGCCAUGGGAAGCAGCAGUAGUGGUGGUGUUGGCACUGCUCAAAAACGGGUAUCUCUUAGCGAUAGUAACGAGGUUAUCAGUACAGAGGGUGGUCGCUUUUGCUACCCAGAGUUUUCCAGUGAAGGUGAAGAUGAUGAUGAAGAUGAUGAGGAAGACACUGAAAGGGAUGAUGACGAACAUGAGAGCUGGGAUGAAAGUGAUGAAGAGUUACUAGCCGUGGAGAUACGUAUGCGAGGCCAACCACGAUUCGCAAAUUUCCGUGCUGCUACAUUGUCUCCAGUGCCCUUUGCUGCAGGGAAAAAGUGGAAUACUGUUCCACUUCGCAACCGCUCACUUCAGCGGAUUUGUGCAGUAGACUAUGACGAUAGCUAUGAUGAGAUCUUGAAUGGAUACCCCUCCAUGGACUCCAAUGGAGCUCUUCUUCCCUAUGGGCUUCAUGACAUGCAAGGUAGUGGUUUCCUAUCAAAUUCAGAGUCUACCACUUCUCCGGAAUCAUCGUCAUCGCUACCAGAGGAUUCUCAAACAAUUUCCAGCAGUGGGAGCAGUGCCCCAGGUGCUCUGCGAAAUGGCUUGCUGUCUCCCACAUCUUCAAAGGCACCUGUCCCCUGCACUGCUCCAAAAAACGAGCCCGUCCACAGAGCACUGAGUCCACUCAAGGUGACUGAAACACACAAAGCUGUCCUGGCAAUUAGAUUAGAAGACCAGGAAGGCAGAGAAGGCAUGCCAAUGCCCCAGGCCCUUCCAGGUCAACCAGUCACUAUCAGCUUUAGUCCUACAGAGGAGCAAGCUAAACCAUACCGUGUAGUGAAUUUAGAAAAGUCUCUUAUCUGUAAGCCUUACACUGUAGUAGAUGUGUCAGCAUCCAUGGCAAACAAGGACGAACGGAUUCCAGACUCUACUCCAAAACCCAAAAACCUGUCAAUGCCUUCGAGCCCUACAUCAUUCUGUAGCACCCCUUUAGGUCAGCCACUGCCUCCAACCUCCCCUCUUUCUCCAUCUACUCCUGUAAUGCCAACAUCACCCAAAUCUGUAGCACUGUCAGGUCCCUCCAGAAAGAAAUCAGGGAGCAUACGCUACCAGGAAGUGUGGACAUCAAGCACAAGUCCUCGCCAAAAGAUACCUAAAGUUGAUAUAGGAGUUGGGAGUCAUCCUGGUCCCUCCAUCCCUACUCAACAUUUCAGCCACAAGUCAGCUCCCACAUCUCCCAUUGCUGGGCUGUCUUCCUCCCGAACUGUACCUGUGAAAUCCCCCAACUUAUCAGAGAUCAAGUUUAACAGUUUUAAUAAUGCAGGCAUGCCUCCUUUUCCCAUUAUUAUCCGAGAUGAGCCAGCUUAUGCCCGGAGCUCCAAGAAUGCUGUUAAGGUACCUAUUGUUAUAAAUCCAAGUGCAUAUGACAACCUAGCUGUGUACAGGAGCUUCUUGGGACUUAGUGGGGAACUGCCACAGCCAAAAGGGGUAGGUAGUAGGGUAACCAGCCAUACUUAUGAAGAGAUUGGUUCCUCAGAGAGUGUCCAGUCCUCCUCAACUGAGAAAACGGUCUCUGGUAGAGGUACAUCGGAGAGAGCGUCUUUUGAAGAGACAAAAGUUCCACCUGAAGCAGUGUCAAAAGCACCACAUUUACAAACUAGAACCACUACAGACUCUAGCACUGUGACAAGCACUGUGAUGAGCUCCACCAUUGGGGCCGUCUCUCCCACUACAUCAACAAAUUCCCCUGCCAUUCUUGCCAUUACUGCAAACCUACCUAAAACCAGCCCCACUGCCAAUGCUGUUACACGCACUUGCAAGACGAGUGGAGACACUACUUGCAGUAAAGAUGAUGAAACAGACUUAGCUUUGUCUUCUGGGACAACGGCAAGCCAUAGGGAGGAGGCCAGUGCUGUGCUUUUACAGAUUGUUGCCUCCAUCCACCCUCCACAGUCUCCUCCAGAGUCACCUUCAGCACAAACCAAAACCCUCAGUUCUGAAGAACUGUAUGCCCUGCCUCCUGAUGCCAUGAAAGAGACCCUCACCCGACCCAAAUCUCUCUUUUCCACAACUGACGGCUGUCUUUCUAAGCCCAAGAAGGACACACCCUCAAAGGUUUUGUCUAAAUCCCAGAGUGCCUCUGCUGCUGUGCCACUCUCCAGCCCCCGUUCAGAGCCCAAUGCCCCCUUCCCCCCUCCUAGAUCUACAUCUUCUCCUUACCACGCUUCCAACAUCCUUCAAAGACAUUUUGGCAACUGGACCAAGAGUUCCGCGUCCAGUUCUCCUGUUAGACCCAGUGAAGGUGAAGCAAGUCCAGGUGGUGAGGGGAGACGUAUUUCAACAGAUAGCUCCAAACCCAAACGCUGGAUCUCCUUUAAGAGCUUUUUUCGUCGGAGGAAAGAUGAGGAUGAGCAAAGAGAGAGGGUGGAGAGAGAGAAGGAAAAAGGCAAGCUGGUUGGGCUUGACGGAACAGUCAUUCACAUGCUUCCACCACCACCAAUUCAACAUCAUCACUGGUUCACUGAGGCCAAACCAGAGGAUCCCACACAGAAGCCAACUAUCAUCUUCACCUACAAACCAGAAGGUGGCAGCACCCCUGGUGACGGAGAAGGAGAACUACGAGUAGAGGAGUGCACAGAAAAUGCACUACUUAUGCCUGAUGAGAGCAAGGAACCCAAACCUUUGAGCCCAGGGCGAACGCUACCCUCACACACCACUGCAUGUGAUCUCACCGACAAGGACUUAAGCCAGGUGCCAGUCAGUGCCAGCAAUGUCAGGGAUCGGGAGCUGCCCGGUGCUGCCUCCCUGCCUGCCAAAGUAAAUCUGGGGCUGGUGCUUGGGGAGGCCGAGCAGGGCCAUGCCAACCAGGUUGCCCCUCCAGCCUCAGCCAGCGAGGGCAGCGCCAGCCUCGGAGAGCCGGAGGAGGACGGGAAUCACUCCCAUCACUCCCACUCUACUGCCUCCAGCCAAUGCAGUGCCACCUACAGCAACCUAGGUCAAUCCAGAGCCAACAUGAUCCCACUGAAACAGCCACGGAACAUCAAAGCAUCCAACGAUACCUUGGCUUCCAUCGACCUGGACAGCCUUGCCGACCAGCCAGUUUCUAGGGCCACACCACCACCGCUACCUAAGAAGGCUGUACCCCGUUCGAGUACUGAACCCAGCCUGGGAGGCAAAGAGCAAGCCCAGGGAGCCCUGAGACCACGGGCUGAGGCUAAACCUGGCGGCACCAACCUGAGCGUAGCCAACCCUAUCUAUGACUUAGACUCCACCUGGGAGACAGCUAGCCAGAGCUCCUCUCUCAGCUCAGAACCUCAUCGUGUCCAUGACCACGAGAGCGGUGACUCGCUGGAGAGGCCAUCAGCUGCCACUGCUGCCGCCAAGGGCCGCUCAACUAAUAGCAUGUCCUCCCUGGUUCCUCAACCUGCAUCGGCUGCCCCCAGCGCCACCACUGGCAGAGAAAGGAGGGUCUACCCCAGUACUGAGUCUUUGGCUGGAAGGGGUCGGACAGCAGGUCGAGGUGCUGCUGGUGGAGGAGCAGGCUGCAAACCCCAGAGACCUGCUCUUUACAGGGGAUUAGACAGCUGGGAUGAGGUGGUGGGAAGGAUCCGGGGGCUCCACACGGACACACUGCGGAAGCUGGCAGCAAAAUGCGAGGACCGUUUCAUGGCUGGUCAGAAGGAUCACUUGAGAUUUGGCACUGACAGCUGGUCCCACUUCAGGCUGACUACUGGGAAACCGUGCUGUGAGGCGGGGGAUGCUGUGUACUACACUGCCUCCUACGCCAAGGACCCACUGGUCAACUAUGCUAUCAAGAUAUGUCGGAGCAAAGUGAAGGAGACCCAGCAGCAGUUUUUCCACAGCCUUGCAGUGAGACAGAGCCUGGCGGUGAACUUCAACAUCCAGCAAGACUGUGGACACUUCCUGGCUGAUGUCCCAACCCGCCUGCUGCCCUGGGAAGAGGAAGAUGAGGAGGAGGAGGAGGAAGAGGAGGAACAUGUAAACAGGCAGAAGGAGAAAGAGAAAGAGAUUAAGACUGAAACCAAGACGACGGAUGGUAAAUUAGAUGAAACCCCGACAGCAGGUCACAUGAACAUCGCUGGCCGCUUGAAGAGCCGAGUGGUGGUCAUCACGCGCGAGGUGCCCUUCCAGACGGUGGCUGAUUUUGUCCGAGAAGGCGUGGCACGACACACUCAGAACCCGGAGCUGUACGAGCGCCAGGUGUGUCUCCUGCUGCUGCAGCUGUGCUCCGGCCUGGAGCACAUGAAACCUUAUCAUGUCACUCACUGUGACCUGCGACUGGAAAACCUGCUGCUGGUCCACUGCCAACCCGGCAACCCCUGGAACCUGGACAUUCUUGAACCCAAUAACAACAGCAACAGCAGCAGCGGUUCUGGUGCGACCUCUGCCAGUGCCGCUGCUGCCGCCGCCAACGCCACCUGCCCCGCCCGGCUCAUCAUCAGUAACUUCUCCCAAGCAAAACAGAAGAGCACUCUCAUGACCGCCGACCCUGGUACGCUGCGCGACCAGUCACGCCUGGCACCCGAAAUUGUCACAGCGACUCAGUACCGCAAGUGUGACGAGUUCCAGACUGGGAUUCUCAUCUAUGAGAUGCUGCACCGGCCCAACCCCUUCGAGGAGACGCCGGAGCUGAAGGAGCGGGAGUACACCUGGGCGGACCUGCCCCCGCUGCCUGUUAGGUCGCUCUAUUCGCAGGGUUUGCAGCAGCUGGCCAGGUUACUGCUCACCGUCAACCCCUCAGAAAGGAUCCGCAUGUCCGAGGCCCGGGCCUGCCUGCAGUGCCUGCUCUGGGGCCCUCGUGAGGACUUGUUCCAGGCACUGGGCUGCAGCAGCACAGGCCCCAUGUCAGGGGCCACUUCCAGCCAGCGCGAGGCCACCCUGCAGAACUGGCUGGACCUGAAACGGACACUGAUGAUGAUCAAGUUCGCGGAGCGUUCGCUGGACACGGCUUGCAGCGUGAGCCUGGAGGACUGGCUGUGCUGCCAGUAUCUGGCGUUUGCCACCACAGACACCCUGAGCCGGGUGGUGCACAUCCUGCAGCAGCCGCAGCCACAUCCUCAGUCCCAGAGCCAGAGCCAGAGCCAGAGCCAGAGCCAGAGCCAGCCAGCGCACGCCGCACAGAACCAAACUCAAACACAUCAAGCACACACCCUCCAUCUGACUCAGUCACAGCCACUCUGAGUUCCUCUACCCUACUAGCUGUUUCUAUGGCAACAGAUCCAACUUACCCUGUGCAGUCCCUCUGCCGACGCUAAUGUGUGAUGUAAUAGUCAGCUUUGUUGUUGCAGCAGUCACAGUGCUCACCUAAAACUCAACAGCUGGUUGUGUAAUGUCUGUGUUUUCUUCAUGGACAGAUCAAUCCAUAGAGUGAGAGGCUCUGUCCCCAUCAAAGACACGUGCGAGUGAAUGAAGUGGUCUUACAUCGUUCUCAAAACCAGACAAACUGAAACAUGGAAAGUUGAAGUAAUUUUGUCUCUUGGCAAUGAUUUUGCCAGACAUCUUUUCCAAGUCCAGUUUAUCUGUUUCUUUAGCUGGUCACGUGUGUGUUACAACACUCCACCAAAUUUACCAAAUGCGUGAGGGAAUUCUUUUUUUUAUCUGUUCCGCAAGACAACAGAACAGUGAUAGCGAUACAUUAGAUGCAGUUUGAAUGGCAGCUGACACUGUAAUGGAAUAUGUGGAAUACAUUUUUCGUAAUAUUCUAUAGAACAGUUUCAUCUACAAGAUACACCACAGUUGGAUUCUUUGACUUGAUUUGUGGAGAGAAAACUUGAGAAAGCAUCAGAAAUGCAGAUUUUAACCUACAUUUAUUUAACACUUUGUUACAUAGUGUUGUAUUUUAAGCAACAAUUCCUUCUCCAAGAGAUGCAGAUUGGAAAUAUGUGGAGAUUAAAAAGAGAAAUGAAGGCAAUGAGGAAAAGAGGCCCCAAACAAACUUAUUAACAAUUGAUGGAUUUGUGCUCAAAUCUAAUCAGCAUAAGAUUUUAUUUUUUUAAAUCUAGACAGAUAUUUUACCACUGAAGCCAAAGAUCUGCCACAAAUUGUCCAUUUAAAUACUCUUACAGGUUUUUACCAGAGGUGUUUAUUAACGUGAAUACAGUAACUAGAUGUGUUAUUGGUUAGUCCCAAUGUUUGCACAGCUGAGAUUCAAACCAGUGAAAGGUCUGGAGUUGAAAUGAACAAAAGUUCCACCCUUAAAUGCUGUUGUAUCAUACCGCACUUCACACUUCUGCACAGGGCUUUGAGGUAGGUGAUGAACACUGAGUUCAUUUUGGCUUUGCAGUUCUCCGAGCACAAUGAACUUGUUUUAGAUGCUUUGAAGUUAAAAUGGGACACAACUCCCCCAACUGGUGUCUUGUACGUGCAAUUAGUAUCUUUGUUUAUUUCCUUCGGAGAUAACAGCUUCUGAACAUGUUUAUGACGUUAUGCAGUCUUUCACUAAUCUACUCUUCCAUUAUUUUUGUGGCACAUAAAACUGAUUCGUUUCAGUUAAAUCCUGCAAUUUAAGAAACCGAGAACUUCUUACAGUGGAAGGGAGACAGGAAGGUUUCAGGGACUGCAGAAAGUUCUUCUAUGUCUAUUGCGUUUUUGUCAAGUUGUUUUCGAUCGGUUCUGCAUUACGGAUGACAUUUGCACAUUCAGUCUGAACGCCGGCGCCUCUCAGUGGAGACUGAGGUGAUGCAGGAGAGACUGAGGAAAAGUUCCCCGUGAAUUUUAGGAACUGGAUUAGAUUUGCAGCGUGUGGAAUGUAAAUGUUUGCCUGGACUGAAACAGACAUUUGGACCUGGUCUCAUCCGCUUCAGAAACACACUCACCUUCCACUUCAUUUCACAUAUAAACUCUGUGUGUAAACAAUCAGCCACAGCCUUGAAGAGAAACUCCGCCACUGAGGCUCGCUUCCAUUCCUACCGCCUUGUUUCCCGUCCCCUUUGCUGUUAUCCGGCCAAUAGGAUGGCAGAUCCGGUAUUGACGCUCACUGCUUCUCACUCAACGGAUUUAUUCUGCUUUAAUUAAACGAGCUCCGUGUUAUCGAUCAGUACCUUCCAGCCUGGAGUCAAGCGGACAUAGUUCACGUACAUGUGUCAGCUUCCACAUAAAGACAAGAAGAAACAAUUUGAGUUUUUAUACACAUGGGGUUUAUUUGUGGUAAUGAUGAUCAAACCACCUUGAAAAGCAUCUUUAACUCAGAACUGAACAGUACUCCGUGUACUUUUGUGCCGCAUGUUCCCGUUGAUAUGCACCUUGGUGGAAGAUGUUUUCAAACUGACACUGCAAAAAAGCUUUGCAUCUAAAAGUUUACUCUGUUUGCUCUGGUUAAGUUUGUCUGUUCAUAUCCGAAAAAAAAAAACUUCAGCGUUUCUUGUUUCCUAGGGGGAAAAUGUACUUUUGGGAUCAGGAUCCUGUGAUCGUUCUGCCGCAGAUGUACAAUACAACGCUUAAUGGUCCAUGGAGCGAAAAUGAGACAAAGCAGGUGUGUGUUUGAUUGCUGCAUUAAAGGGUUUGUGUACUGAGGAAUGUGUGUGGACAGCACUGGUUGCUGUCCUUGUGUCUAGAGAUUUAAGCCUUUAUAUAGUAUAUAUAGUAUAAAUAUAUAUAACCUUUAUCUAUUUUAAUCCGCACACUAUUUUGUCGAGUACGGAGCACCUCUAUUUCUGUCUUUAGAGAGUCUAAAUAUCAUUUAUUCAUUUUUAAAGCUUUACUUGAUUUUCUUUAACCUGGCUUGUUUUGGGGGGAAGAAAAAGUAGUUAUCACUGUCCUAAUCAAAGGAUACAUGAAAAAGAUAUUUUAACCUUCAAGCCACAUGAUAAGGAGCAUUAAUAUACAGAACAAUGUACAGUAUUUUUAGCCCUCUUGUAAAGUUAUCUGCUUAGGACACGAACCACUUUGAAAAGAGGCAGAAGGAUGACUUUUGAACGCACCAUUAUAACCCAUCAUUCAUCAACUGUACGGCCUACAGCCAAUAUUGUUCAUUUUCUCUCUUUGAUCUGGUUUUUCUCGUUGCGUUGUUAAUUGCCACUGAACAGAAAAACAGAAGCUCUCUAAAGCUUUCUAUUAAUAUGUGUCCAAUAUGUCUCCUGGCCUGCCGCCAUUUAUUGUUGAUCAAGUUAACCAACAGUAACAGAACAAUAAAUAUAUGUUUUUAUAUA